AAAAUCUCUUUCCAAGAUCUCGUCUGAGACAUCUGCAGCACGCCCAACCACCACGAGGGCGACCGCAACACACCCCUCGUGAGCCUCAUAUUGCUCAUACAUCCUGCGCCUGACAUUAUCACUGCCAUUUUCCCUUUUCUUCUGCCUGUUUUCUACGUCCUCGUAUAAAACCCAUACAGCAGAACGAGCUCCCAGAGGGAGCCCUCCCGUUUGCCCGUCAUGUCAAAAACUACGUUAGCAGUUAUCGCAGCGGCAAGCGCAGGAGCCGGUGCCGCUAUUACAGCAACCAUGUAUUCGUUACGAUCGCAAUCUGAGCGCAAGCUCGACACAUUAUCUACGACUACCACAACUACAACGACAUCAGCACCAAUCCCCAUACCAGCUAAACAAAUAUUUACGCAACAACAACAGACACAGCAACAAACCGGGCUAUCGACAUCAGCGCCCGCAGCCUUAGGCCUCGCACCUGUCGAUCCUUCCGGGCUUUUCGAAUACGGCUUCCCAGGCCCCAUCUCCGACAUAGCAACACGGCAAGCCCUAAUAUCAUCCUUUGACCGUCGCCUCCGCAACCCACACUGGGUCGUCGAGCACAUAACCCCGGCCUCCCUAGCCCUCCGCGACGGCGAUCGCAAGCACAGCGUAUUCAUCGAAGACGAAGGCGUCCCCGAGAAAUUCCGAGCGAAGCUAAAAGACUACUUCCGAUCCGGCUACGACCGAGGCCACCAAGUCCCUGCCGCGGACGCGAAAUGGAGUCAAACCGCCAUGGAUGAGACGUUCUUCCUGACGAACAUGUGUCCGCAGGUCGGCGAGGGGUUUAACCGUGACUACUGGGCGCAUUUCGAGGACUUCUGCCGCGGGUUAACAAGACGGUAUCCCAGCGUUCGCGUCGUAACCGGACCGUUAUAUCUACCCAAGCGCGACCCCGCGGAUAAUAAGUGGUACGUGCGCUACGAAGUCAUCGGCAACCCGCCAAACGUCGCUGUGCCUACGCACUUCUACAAAGUUAUUUUCGCGGAAGAUGGUGCCGUCGGUGGGAAUGUGGCGAUUGGCGCUUUCGUCCUCCCGAAUGCGCCGAUCCCGAAUGAGAAACCACUUGCCGAUUUCGAGGUCCCGGUUGAAGCAGUCGAGCGCGCGAGUGGUCUAGAAUUCGCUACGAAACUACCCGCGCAGCGCCGCCGAAGACUUUGCGCGGAUACCUCGUGUGCGUUAGUCAUCAGGGAUUACGCCGAUAGACAAAAGGCCUUCGCAAAACCACCUAGCCCGUCUUCUACAGCUGUUGCCAAGCGCUAGUCAACUUGAGACAAUUUAGUUAUCAUCACGUUAUUCAUAUUACGGAUCACGAUUUUAUGAUAUCUCUAUUGUUUCUACUAUUUCUACUACUGUCCAAGGAAACGACUCAUGAUGUAUCUACGGAUAGAA